GGAGCCCUCUGGUCUCACGCAGGGCGUCUUCCGCCCUGUAAACUUGGCAAAAGGCGAACUGGACUGAAAUCCAGCACUCUCCAUAUAAGGAAGCCCAGCUAAACAUGUCAUGCGUAAUUUACGGGUAGCAGGCAGAGAAUUAACCUUUGCGUGCACAUCUUUGGCCCCGGCGAAAACCGGGCUGGAUGGCAGCCCCGGGGACGGGGACGCGGGGUCUCCCGGGAGAAACCGGGGCUCCCAUCCCAUGGGCUCGCAUCCGCCCCCGACAAAGGUCAUUAAGUUGUAAAGUUUAUUUGGCUCAACAGAAAGAGUAUUCUCUACAGGAAGCUCUGUCUCAAACAGAGUUAAGUGUGGGUAAACCGAUGCCCAUAAGCUUCUAGGAUGUGGGAGUCAGGAUGAGUUGUCGGGAGCCAAGAUGGUGGUGCCCCCUUGUCAUGCACCUAGUUGGAAUGCUGCCUCUUAGGCAACCAAAAUAUGUUUCGCUUUAUACCAGAAUUCAAGUGUCUGGAAUUAGAGCCACGGGGGAGCCCUCACAGUACGCAGGGCACACCUCCACACUGCCCGAAUUCCUCCUCUUUCGUAAGACAGGAUUCUAUUACUGGCUGCGUGAAUGGGGCUCACACUAUGGAAGAAGGAGAACGCAAAUAUGGAACAGGGGAGGGCAAGAAAGAACCCUGUGGAGAUGGAUUGGAGUUGGAGGUGGGCUGCUUUGGGAAGUUCGUCCCGUGACAGAGGAGAGGGAGACACCCACUAACCUGAGAGAUCAGCUGGAUCAGCCCUGGAUAUCAACAGCCGGCAGACCCCCAGCUGGAUCACCCACACGUCACAGAGCCAGCCGCGUCUCAGUAAGACCGAUAGCUACUCUCGUCACAGAAGCUUGCAUAAAAAUAGUUUUAAAAGACCAUCUUCCAAAAGGAGACACCUCCUGUGUGGCUAAAUGAUAAUCAGAGAAAAACAGAAAACACUGAUCUACGCAGAAGAAGACUGUCAAGCUGACACAUGAGGGAUAAACUGACUUUCAUAAGGCUAAUUAAUUUAAAGUCUUUGGAGUAUGAUCUAAAUACUAAUCCGAUUGCAGACAUCUUGUAAAAAGAAAAAAAAAAACUUCAGUAAACGGGCAUUUUCCUGGAAUCUGGGUAGUGGUUUUUUACCUACAAGUCUUGAACUUCCUUUCUCAUGAAGAGUUGCCUGCUACAUACAGAUAAAGCAUUGCAAAACCGAAACUGUCGCUUAUCCACGAGAUAUGGCCUCUCUCAACUUCAGCCGCAAGAAUAAAAACAGGUGCAGAUCCUGCAAUGCUGAACAUUUACCAGUUAAGUUUCUAACAUGUUGGAGCACUAAUUGAAAAUAUUUACAAAACAGUAGGGACAAUGGUUGAAAAAGGACAUGAAAGCAGUUGAUCAAAGCAAAUAUUAUUGUCAAUGCCAAAUAAAAGGAAAUACUCAUAUAUAUACGUAUACACACUUAUAUAUAUGGUUAUAUAUAUAUAUAUACUUCUCCCAGGCUACCGGUUAACAGAAGCAAAUUAGCAGCUGCAAUUUGUACGUGGCAGUCCCUCCCACCCUCCCCUGCUGGUUGGGGAAGAGGAAAGGUGUGGAUUGCAAGAAUCACUUAGCAGUUAUGCAAACCUCCACACAUUGCAAGAACCACUUUCUGGAGUUUAGAAACUAUCGUGUUCUCAGGGUAUCACAGUCUGCUUUUUAUUGAAGCAUAUUUUCAAAGGGGCAAUAAAGAGUAAUUAGGGAUGAUUAAAAAUGGAAGCAUUUUCCAUUUCACUCAAACCCAUACUUACUGCGAAUUUGCAGGAAGUAAAAGUAAAUGAACAAACAAUACCAAGAAGGCUGCCUCCACACAAAAAAACAAAACAAACAAAAGAACCACCAGAGUAUUCUCAACAUAAAAUUUUAUUUGAAUUCUUUAGUGAGACACUUGUAGGAAAAUCCUUGAAGAAAAAGUUACCGAUGUGAUUAAUAUUGCUUAGACUCUAUGUGUUUUGGGAAAUGUUAAAUGUUAUUGUAUUGACUAUUAGUAUAAAACACUAGGUCCUUCUGCUUCCCAAAGACCCAGGCUCACUAUCUGAAGGGUGGUGCUCAAUGUUGGGCAUGAUCUUAAUGUGCUAGCUUGAUACUUGUGUCCCUUUCACCUGGGUUGUGGACGUAUGUCUCUGGUUCUGUAACGAUCCUUUCCAGGCUGGCGAACAUGCUCAAGGUUCCUCUAUUUUAAAAAAUUCUCCUCUGACUGAUCUGCCCCUAUUACUUUCCUUUUUGAGAAAGUUGUCAUCAUUGACUUCCUUCAAGUCCCCAUAGCCUUUGUGUGUGGUAGAAUAUACAUAAAAUAAAAUUGACCGUUUUUGUCAUUUUUAAGUGUGCAGUCCAGAGGCAUUAAGCACGUUCACA